CUUGGCUUGGUUUUGAAGCGGAGGAUGGCGGGAAUUCUUGGCCCUGACUAGAGUGAGCAAGAGUGGCGGUAAAGGGACAGACAGACCCAGUGUUGGACCGGGCUCUGAUCAGGGUGGAAGGUUGAGCGGCCUCUUAACAGUCCCUUCUGUGUGCGAGGAAACUCAGAAAGGGGAUCCAGAGGCGUGGCGCCGCGGUAGCGCGCAGGGACCGGGAGGAUAACUCAAUUACUGGUGACUGGACCACUUCUCUAGGAAGGCCUUUGAAAAUCUGAGGAGAAGAUGGAGCUGGCAAAUACUUUAAAACAAGACGGCGAGUCUCGCGGAGGUGUUUUAGCUCAGUUGGAAAGACUAGAGACUCAAGUGAGCAAAUUCCAUAAAAAAUUGGAAGAGCCACAGGAUGCACAGGCUCUUGAAGCCAGGAUUCAUGAACUGGAACGUCUGCGAGAUAACCUGAGGGCUGAAGUGAAACAGCGUCAAGCUGGAGUUAAAGCAUCUACUGCCAAUGUCGAACCUGACCAAACAUUAGAGAUUAGUGAGCAAGAAAUUUUGGAGAGAAAACAGGAAAACGUGAAAGCCAUUCUGCAGGCAUAUCGUUUUACAGGGAUCAGCGGGAAGCUGACCAGCCGAGGAGUCUGUGUCUGCAUCAGCACUGCUUUUGAGGGGAACCUGCUGGAUUCCUACUUUGUGGACCUUGUCAUGGAGAAACCACUUUGGAUACAUCACCAUUCGGUUCCAGUCUUCAUUCCCCUAGAAGAGAUAUCUGCAAAAUACCUACAGACUAAUACUCAGCGCUUCCUGUUUGUUCUCUGCGAAUACCUAAAUGCUUACUCGGGGAGGAAGUACCAGGCAGAUCGACUUCAGAAUGACUUUGCAGCCUUCCUUGUGGGGCCCUUGCAGAGGAACUCAUUGUGCAACUUGCUGUCAUUUACUUACAAAGUGAAGCUGAAAGGUCAGUCCUUCCCCUUUUGUGCUAGACUGCUGUAUAAGGACCUCACAACAACCCUUCCAACUGACGUCACUGUUACUUCUCAAGGGAUGGAAGCAUUACCCAGUACAUGGGAAGAACAGCGAGCAGACCAUGAAAACCUAUUUUUUACGAAACCCCUACAUCAGGUGUUUACAUCAUUUGCAAGAAAAGGAGAAAAGCUGGAUAUAAGCCUGCUCUCCUAGAAUAUUUUCUUUGGGAACACAUCAGAAGUGAGUAAACGAGUACUGACCACACUUGCGGGCAAGGUCCUGGGAACGGAAAACUGUUGAAAGGCUCAGACUCCUCUCCUGGGGACUGUCCCUGGAGUGAAAACAGACACCCACCUUAUCAGGAUGGUCAGGGGCAAGUUUGGGUCUGUUGACCCUGGCAUUUUUGGAUAGGUCUCCAAAAUUGCCUGGUCACUUGCUCCAGUGCUCAAAAUCAUCUCUUCUUUUUGAGAUAUUAAUCAUACGUUUUAGCUGAAAAUGAGAUUUUUUUACAGAAGGCAUUUUGUGAGAGAGGGAGUAUUACCAUUUAAUUGAAGAGUUAUUAUGUAGCUUUUAUGAAACCUUCAGCUAACUUUGUCUCAUUUUCUUAUUUGUGACUUUUGAGAAGAAAGUUCUUAGAACUCUCAGGGUUCGUGAUAUGACAUGAAUCAUAUAAUUAAGAAGGGAACGGUGGUUAAUCUUUGGUUUGGAGUGGAAUAUUCUCAGCCACUGCUUUGCAAAGAAUGUGGUGUGAGUACUAAGGAUAGAGUAAUUGGGGUUGCAUGUAUCUAAUGUCGUUUCCUAAAACAAGUUGGGAGAGCACUGAAUAUAUUGAGUCAGCUCAUGAUCAGAAGUCUACUCAUACCUUGAUCAUUGCAAAGGAAGUGGACCCCUCUCCUUUAUCUCUUCCCUUUUCUGUAAGCUCCAGGCCCUGGCCAUGCAAUUGUUUUCAUCCUCUGCUAGUCCAGUUAGUGAACCACCUCUCCACAUAACCAUGGCCUCCACUUUGCUGGCUUUUUUUGUUCCUUGCCUUGGGAGUAUGUGCACGGCCAGUGCAUGGAUGUGAAAACCUGUCACUUGCCAGGUCAUAAAUAGGAGUCAUCACUACCCUUACUGUCCAAAACCCUGAGCUGUAUUCUGGCCUCACUCUAAAAUGGUCCUGUCCUAGAGCUGAUGGCCAAGCAGCAACCUGUAGGUGUGGGUGCCACAGGUACCUCUGGGAGGAGCACAGGGGGAUGGUCGAGCCAGUUUGGACCACCAUCUAGAAGGAAGCAGCCUAAGGAUGAGAGAGAGGUUGUAGUUUAAGUUCUUGCCUUCCAGGCACAUGAGGACCAAUGUGGGAGAGAGCAAAGCACUUCUCAGAUGAGGGCUGUUAACAGAAUUGGCACAAAUGAUCAUAUUCAAGUUGAAUAAAGCUUUUAAUAAAACA